AAGCCCGGCAUAAUGGGGCUUUGAUCCGCUUUAGCGAACCUACGAGACGCGGCCCUUCGUCUCAAUGACUGCUCCUUUAUUGUCCAACAUGGCGAAGCCCUACCUUUUUCUGGGCUACUUCUCGUUCGAAACGAUCAUGCUUGCGGUCUUGGGUAUCCAUACAGUCAUCUGCAUUUCUUUGGUCGCCCUGGCAUCAUCGGUGGUGGAUGUCGAAAUGUACGGCUUCACGCUCAACACCACUCUUCAACUAGUUGCUGGAACUUGGGGAUUGCUGGGCAUCGUGUCCAUUGUGAGCGCUUUGGUUGGCUGGUCGCAGCAGCGGGAGACCCCAAUGGCGGUGUACUUCUGGUACCUUCUGAUCUCAGCAGUGGUGCUAGCUGUGAUCUUCGUAUACCUUGCCACGAACAACUCAAAAUGCUACUUCAUUCACGAGGACUUGCAGACCCAGAGAAUUGGCUACUCCUUUUUGUGUAGCAUCGUUGCCAGUGCCAUCUUUUUCGUUGGCUUGGCCGCAGUUGCUGCUGUGCUCUUUGCCGUGUACACCAUUGUGCAAGUGCAGGGAAUGAUUCGAGAAAGCGUCCGAGAACAACUCAGCGAGAGGUCUCGGCUCCUCUUAAGGGAGAAGCAAAUCGAAGCUGCACGGGCGGCAGGGUGCCCAGAUUCAUGGCGAAAUGGCUGUCAAUACGCGAGUUACCACCAGGCUCAGCGCUUCGCCUGACCAA